GAAAACCAAGUAUCAAGACAAGAGCAUGAGUGACGCCGUCAAGCCACUGCAGAGUCUGCUGGACGCAUUCGGCGAGCGCCUGGCCCGCGUGGAGGCACAGCUUGGCGUUCCGGUUUCGCCUGUUCCCGCACCUGCCGCCGCUGCCGCUGCCGUGGCUGCCGCACCAAUGGAGCUGUCACCUCAGCUCGAGGCCUAUGACGAAUACGUGGCUCAGUACCUCCCUCCUUUUGUGGAUGUGGCCGCUAAACUCGGCGAGGACACGAAGAAACUCGGAGAAGUGACGGAGAAGGCGUUCGAGGCCCAGCGCGCCUACCUGCUGAUGGCUAGCCAAUGCAAGAAGCCAGCUACUCUUAACCCAGAGCAUCUCAAGGACCUUCAGGCUUGCAUUAAGGAGAUUAACUCUCUGCGUGACAACCGCAGCGAGUUCGCCAACCACCAGAAUAUGGUGAAUGAGGGUAUCCAGGCGCUCGGUUGGCUCUGUGUUGAGCCUGCACCCAAGCCCUUCAUCGAGUCGUAUGUGGGUGGCUCGGACUUCUGGGGUAACAAGAUCCGCGUCCAAUACAAGACGUCCAACCCGGACCAGAUCGCCUUCGUGACGGCCUUCAAGAGCCUUCUGACUGAGCUUAUGGUCUAUGUCAAGGCGCACCACACGACCGGCGUCACUUGGAACCCCAAGGGCAGCGACGUGGCCAACUACACGCCCGGGGCGGCCGCGCCAGCCACAGCCGCGGCCUCUGCUGCUGGUGGUAUGACAAACGUAUUUGCCGGCAUUAAAUCCAUUGACCAGAGCGGCGGCAAGACCGCCGGACUCAAGAAGGUCACGAAGGACAUGCAGACGUGGCGCAAAGACUACCAGCCCGACGGCGCUGCGCCUGUAGCUGCUACUGCUGCUGCUAAGAAGCCGGCUGCACCUGUCAAAGUCGCCAAGCCUGCUGUCUGUGAAGAGCGCAACGGGAACUGGCAGAUCGAGUAUCAGACUGGCCCCGAGUCGCUCACCGUCAGUGGUAUCAGCAUGAAGCAGCAAGUGUACAUCUUUGGUUGCGAGGGUGCCACCAUCCUGCUGGAAGGUAAGGCCAAGAACAUCGUGUUCGACUCGUGCAAGAAGACCAAGCUCAUCUUUGACAACGCCGUGUCCAGCAUCGAGGUCGUCAACUGCAAGAGUGUACAGGUGCAGUGCAAGGGUGUGGUGCCAUCCGUGGCCAUCGACAAGACGGACGGCUGCCUCGUGUACAUCUCGUGGGAAGGUCGCGAAGUGCAGUUCGUCACGUCCAAGAGCUCUGAGAUGAACGUGGCGUUCCCGCAAGGUGCAGGCAGCGACGACUAUGUGGAGAAGCCGAUUCCGGAGCAGUUCGUGCACAAGAUUAUGGACGAUCUGACGAUCUCGUCGGACGUGUCGGACUUGUACUCGCACUAG